AAGAAGAAGAAAGAGAGUGAAAUUAGGUGAAAGAUUUGUGUUGCGGGUUGUGGCUCGGUGCUCGUGACUUGUUGUGAUCCGAGUCUGAAGUUCCAAAUGCCCUUUUAGCGGGGUAUAUAUGUAAAUCCACACUCUGAAACGAUUAAAGCCCUUGACUUCCAAGCUUCUUACGGAUUCGUUCUUUUCUCUUUUUCCAUUUUCUUGCUCUGGUUUUGCCGAACCAACGGCGAUGGCUCAGCCUGGUGAAUUCCCUGUAAACCCCCCAAUGCGACCCGCCUCCCAAAUCGAUGUUCAACCUCUCACCGCUGUCCAAUCCCAGCCUAUUCCCCCAAAAGACCUUUUAUCCACUGCCAAGCGCCGUCGCGACGAAGAUGACCCCACGGCCGCCUACGAUACAGGCGAAUCGGCUCCCAAACGACAGGCCAAAGCCCAGGACGUCAUUUUCCGAAUCGUUGUUCCUUCGAGGCAGAUCGGUAAAGUCAUCGGCAAAGGAGGUCAUAGAAUCCAAAAGAUUCGUGAAGACACCAAGGCCACCAUCAAGAUUGCCGAUGCAAUCGUCCGACAUGAAGAACGUGUCAUCAUUAUAAGCUCUAAAGAUUGUGAGAACAUGGUUUCUGAUGCGGAAAAUGCACUUCAACAAAUAGCUACCUUAAUCCUAAAGGAAGAUGAUGGUAGUGCGGAGGCAGCAAAGGUAGGUGCUGUCAGUGCGGGACAUGUUGCUGCAAAUACAAUAAGACUUUUGAUUGCUGGGUCGCAAGCAGGCGGCUUAAUUGGGAUGUCCGGUCAAAACAUUGAGAAACUGAGGACUUCCUCAGGAGCCUCAAUCACAAUUCUUGCUCCAAACCAGCUGCCAUUGUGUGCAUCGGCUCAUGAAUCUGAUCGAGUUGUUCAGAUAUCAGGCGAUGUUCCUGCUGUAUUGAAGGCUCUGGCUGAGAUUGGUUAUCAACUCAGGGAAAACCCACCACGUCAAGUGAUUUCCAUUAGUCCAGCAUAUAAUUUUAACUUGCUUCGCCCAACCCUUCCACAGCCAUUUGUGGACCCAACUUCAGCUGAUUAUGUAACUUUCGAGAUGGUGGUUUCGGAGACAUAUAUUGGUGGAUUGAUUGGAAGAUGUGGCUCCAAUAUUUCAAGGAUCAGAAUCGAGUCUGGAGCAACCAUAAAGGUUUAUGGCGGGAAAGGAGAGCAAAAUGUGAGGCAUAUUCAGUUCAGUGGUAGUUCUCAGCAGGUUGCCUUAGCAAAGCAGAGGGUUGAUGAAUGCAUAUAUUCUCAGAUGAUUCAACAAGCUGGUACUCAGCCACCAGGUUUGCAGAUGUAAUGAAGGUGCAACUGAAUAUCUUUGGGAUCAUUAACAGUUGAAGGCUAGUAUUGUCUCAAUGUUGUUUCACCUUCUGACCUUGUAGCUAAGAUUGCAAAGUCAUUAAAUAUUGGGUGGCUUUUGUUUCUCCAUGGAUGAACAAGUGAUUUGCCAGAUUGUAAUUUGCUGUUUUUCACAUAUAGAGCAGGCUUGUAUUCUACUAAUUAUUGAAACUAGAAGCGGUGGUGGAUGAAGGUUGAAAGAUCAUAACAUCGAAAUUGACAUAACAUGAUUAGAAAGUCGGAAUGGUUCAUCAUAA